AGAAUUAAAAAAAGAAAAAUUAUCUUUGAUGAUCAAAUAAAUUUCUACCUUUUCUGUAUCUCUGUUUAUUCAUCCUGUGACAUGUGAUGAGUAUCCGAAUUCAGCUUUGUUUGUCUUGAUUGCGAUUCUGACUUGCGCACAUCAGCUCAGCUCUAGGCUAUAAGCCAAGCUAGGCUCACGCUCUGUAUCUAGCAGCAAGCAACUGCAAAAGGGCAUCGGGGUUUGCAAACCAGACUGAGUAGAGAACAACAAUGGCGAAGAAGAACAAACCAAGUCUUUCGCUUUCUCACUUUGUUGGGGUAGUGGUUUUUUCUCUCUUCUUCGUUCCAAAAUCCGUUUUGGGUGUGAAACAUGAGCUACGUUUUGGAAAAAAUGGUGAGUUCAAAAUACUGCAAGUGGCAGAUAUGCACUUUGCAGAUGGCAAGACCACGCCUUGCCUUGACGUGUUCCCAAAUCAAAUGCCUUCUUGCUCCGACCUCAACACUACUGCCUUCGUUGAGCGCAUGAUUCAAGCUGAGAAACCCGAUUUUAUUGUUUUCACUGGGGAUAACAUCUUUGGCUUUGAUGCCACCGAUGCUGCAAAAUCACUGAAUGCUGCCUUUUGGCCAGCAAUUGAAUCGAACAUCCCAUGGGCUGCUGUUUUGGGGAACCAUGAUCAAGAUUCUACUUUGUCAAGGGAAGGAGUCAUGAAACAUGUUGUUGGCCUUAAGAAUACUCUCUCUCAAGUCAACCCUGCUGGGGCUCACAUCAUUGAUGGUUUUGGGAACUAUAACCUGGAGAUUGGCGGGGUUAAAGAUUCAUGUUUUGAAAACAAAUCAGCUCUUAAUCUUUAUUUCCUUGAUAGCGGAGACUAUUCCACCGUUCCGGCAAUCCCUGGCUAUGGUUGGAUCAAGCCCUCUCAGCAGCUUUGGUUCCAACGCACUUCUGCAAAGCUUCGGAGAGCCUACAUGAGACAGCCAGAGGCUCAAAAAGGACCUGCACCUGGGCUGGUGUACUUUCACAUCCCAUUGCCUGAAUUUGCAAGUUUUGAUUCAUCAAACGUCACAGGGGUGAGACAAGAAGGCAUCAGCUCUGCUUCUGUGAACUCGGGUUUCUUCACAACCAUGGUAGAAGCUGGGGACGUGAAAGCUGUUUUCACAGGACAUGAUCAUCUCAAUGACUUCUGUGGUGAGCUUACUGGUAUACAACUUUGUUAUGCUGGGGGUUUUGGAUACCAUGCCUACGGGAAGGCGGGGUGGUCAAGGAGGGCAAGGGUGGUGGUAGCAUCCUUGGAAAAGACAGAGAAAGGAGGUUGGGGAGCUGUCAAGUCUAUCAAAACAUGGAAGCGCCUUGAUGAUGAACACCUUACUGCUAUAGAUGGUCAGGUCCUUUGGAGCAAGAGUCGUGCAGGAGUACGUAGAAAGAAGCAGGUUGGUGAUGCUGAGUGAUGAGCACAUGAGAUGGCUUACCACGAGGAAAAUAACGUAAGCUGCUGGACACACAUAAGAAUCUGGGAAUCAAAGGAUCAUGGAGCUUUUGGAUUGUUUCUUCAUUACUGAUGUGGGAGUUUUUCAAUGCCUCUGACUGAAAACGAAAUUGAAGGUAUCACGACAGGGAUGGCUGAAAUUCUGUCAUCCUGCUCAAACAGGCAGUCAUGCAGAUGUGCAAUAUUCAGUCCUUUUUCCGCGAUAUCCAAUCAUAAAUCAUGAGGAAUAUGUCAAGGUUUUUCUAGAAUGUAUUAAAAAUGCUAUAGAAAAUGUUAUGAAUCGUGUGGAAAUUGUCAAGGAAAAGGUAUCAAAAGACUAAAUGUCUUCGGUGGAGAAGCCACCUUAGCGAUACAUGCAACUCUAUCAUAUACACACCAUUUAACUUGCGCCACUUAAAAA